AUGAAAAGUAGCAAUGAUUUUACAAAUGAAUUUGACAAUAACGAAAAUUUUGAAAAUUUGAAAUCGAUAAUAGAAAAUAGUAAAAAAAGCGGAAAUGAUGACUUAAAAAGUUGUGAAUUAGAAAAAAAUGAUGAAAUAAAAGAUAGUGAAAUAGAAAAAGUUGAAAUAAAAUAUGAUUUUAAUGAAAAUUCUAAAAAUAGCAAUAAUUUAAUUUUUUUUAUGAAUAAAGAUUCAUCUGAAAUAAAGGACCCUAAUAUAAAUGAAAAUGAUGCAAAUAAAUAUGAAUAUUCAUCAUAUGCAAAAAGCAAAAAAUGCCAGAAAGAAGAAGAAAAAGAUCAAGAAAAAAAAAAUGAAAUAAAUAAAAAAUCAUUUUUACUAGUAAGUGAUAAAGAUCGUUACGAGUUUUUGAAAUAUAGAAAUUAUUUUUUUAUAGAAAAUAAAAAUAACUUAGAUAUAUAUUUUGAGGCAAAAAAUGUAUUAAAAAAUACAAAUCCUUCUUUAUUAUAUUUGUUAAAAAAUAUUUCUUUAUUAUCUCAUGUUAUAUAUUUCUAUGAUACUAAAGAACAAAAAUUAUUAACAUCUAAUGAUAUAGAGAAUGUAAAUAAUAUAUUAUAUAAAAAUGAAGACAAUUAUUCUGAUAAUUACAGUGUUGUCUAUAACUGUUUAAUUUUUUUAUUGGAAAUAAUUAAGUUAAGUUCUCAUACAGGUGUUAAAAAUUUUGUCUAUUAUCAUCUUUUAAGAAAUUUCAACAAAAUUCAAAUGCUUUUUUUUGAUGAUUUUUGUUUUAAAAAAAUAAAAAAUAGAGAAAAUUUUUAUGUAAUUAGAAAAAAUGAGGCAAUAUUUAUUAAUGAUUAUAUAAUAUUAAACAUUAUAAAAAUAUUGAAUCAAGAAAAUAAGUUGAUAAGAAUAUAUGGAUUAAAAUUAUGUUUUAUUUUUAUUAAAAAAGUUAGUCAAUGCAAUUACUUAAUUAAUCUUAUUCUAAAUAUAAUUUUUCAGGAGAUAAACUUUGAUGAAUUUUGCUAUGCUUUUUAUAUUUUUAUUGAAUUAAUUAAUUUUUUGAGUCAUGAUAUUAUCUAUCAUAUUGUUAAAAAGUUUUAUAAUAGUUUAGUAAAUCAGGAUAAAAGAGAUAUUAAUUUUUAUUUAAACUAUAUAAAGGAAAAAAAAUUAACUAAAAAUGAAUCAAAUACACCUUUUCAAAAACCGGGUGGUGAUGAGUUUCAAGAAGAAAAACAAAAACAUAUUUACGAAAAAGAGGAUAUUCAUUAUUUAGAAAGAAAAAAUGAAAAUCAAUCGAAUCAAGUUUUUUAUUCCAUGAAGGAAUAUAAUAGUAAUAUAAAUGGUAUAUCUGAGAAUAAUCAAAAUAAAUUAAAAACAACAAAUAAACGUUUUACAAAUGAAAUAAAGGAUCAAAAGAAUUUUUUUACAAAGAAUAGUAUAAGCAAUAAUAAUGUUAAUAUUAAAAAUAAUAUAAAUUUUGAAAAGAGUAAAGAAUAUAAAAAAAAAAAGCAGAUAAAAAAAAAAAAUAUGUUAAAUAUUUUAAAUAAUCAUUUUUUAUAUGCCAAAUGUAUUUUUUUAAGUAAAAUUGCGGAUAAAUUGAAUAGCUUCGUUCCAUAUGUAAGUUAUUUUUUAUUCAAGAAAUUAUGGGGAUUAAUAAACAAUUUUUUUGAAAUUGAUUAUCUACAGAGCGAUGAAAAUAUAAUUAUAAAUAUUUUAGAUAACUAUUUUCAUAGUACUACGUUAUUAAGUUGUAAAAACAUGUGCUUAACCAAUUUACAAAUUAUUAUAAUUAAAUUUUUAUUAAAUGCAUAUCAUACCAACAUAAUGAAAAAAAGAAAUAUAUAUUAUUUUGCGUUGAGAAGUUUAUUAUUUUUAAUUAAGAAAAAAAAAAUUUUUGUUUCUAUAUAUAAUUUGGGAUCAGAAAAAAAAGAUACUGUAAACAAUUAUUUUUUUGUUAAGUAUUUUUCCUUUAUAUCUACUAUUCAAUAUUACGAGUUAUUAAAUUGGUUAAAUUAUUUGCAAUUAAAUAACAACCUUUCAUUAUUAGUAUUCAUUAAAAUAGUAUAUAAAUUUUUUAAAAUUAAAAACAAUAUUCAUAAAAAUUUUAUAGAAAAUAAUAAUACUUCACCAAAAGAUAGCACAAAUAAUAAAUAUAAUACAAAUAAAAUUAAUAUAGAUAAAGAUAAUAUUAAAGAUGAUUUCUUUAAUUUAAGUAAAAUAUAUUUUGAUUCAUUUAUAAACAAAUUUUUAAGCAUUUUGAAAGAAAAAAAUUUAAAUGCUAAAGGAUUUAAUAAUAAACAGCAAAAUGAAAAUAAAUAUAUAACUGUAAAUAAUAAGAAAAUAUAUCAACCUAUUUCUAUAAAUAAUGAAAACAUUAAUAUAAUAGAGAAUGAAGAUGGGAUAGGAAAAUUAAAUUGCAAAGAAGAAAGAGACAUUAACAUAAAAAGAGAAUAUUCAUCUGUUGAUGAAAAUAAAGAUAGUAGUUUAAAUGAAGAUCAAAAAGGAAACUUUAAUUUUACUAUAAGCAUUAGUGAUGAAGCUAAUGAAAAUGAAAAGAAAAAGAAAUCAGGUGAUAAUACAAAUGAUAAUAAUAGUAAAAAAGAAAAUAUUGAUUUAUUUUUUGAAAAUUUUAUUCAUUUAGCAAAAGAAAGAGAAAAAAAUAAUGAUAUUAAUAUAAAAAAAUUAAAUAUAACUUUGAAUAUAAAAAAAAAAAAAAAAACAAAAAAUUGUAGAGAAAAUAAUAAAAGCUACAUAAAUAAGUAUAUUAAUAAAAAAAAAAAAAAAAAAAAAAACUAUUGUUUAUCAAAAAAUAAAGUUGGUUAUAGUAACAAGGAUAACAAUACAUAUGAUAAUAAUAAUAAUAAUAUUAUAGCCAAUAAUAAUAAUAAUAAAAGUGAUAAUGUUAGUAAUAACUAUGGCAAUAUGAAUAAUAUUAAUAAUAACGAUAAAUAUGUAAAUAAUAGUAAUAAUGAUAAUAAUGACAAUAAUAAAUAUAUUAAUAACAAUAUUGAUGAUAAUAACAAAAUUACUAAUGUUAAUAAUAACAAUAAAAAUUGCAAUUAUAAUAUUUUUAAUGGUCCCAAUCAUAUAGAUAAUGCUUAUAAUCAAAAUGAUAUAUAUAAAAAUAAUUACAAGUAUAGUAAUAUUUAUAAUAAAAUUAAUAAUACAAAAGGUGAUGUAAAUAAAAAAAUUUAUAAUAUUUCUUCUAAUAAUUCAAUAGAAGAUGAAAAUUCAAGAAGUGAUGUUAUAAGCGAAAUAAGUAAUGAAAAUUGUUUUUCAAAAAAUAACAUGGAUGAUUUAAUAAUUGAAAAUGAAAGAGAAAACAUAAAGAAUGCAAACAAAAAUUGCAUAUUUUAUUGUUAUAGUAUUUUAAAAAAAAAUAAAAUAAAGUUAUAUAACUUAAUUAGUGAAGAUAAUUUAGAUUCUGAUAUUUUUGAAGACACCUUAUUUGUUAAGUUUAAAAAAGAACUUUUAAAAAAAGAAAAACAAUAUAUUAGAAUGGAUGGAAAGCAUCAUUUUAGUGAAUUUUCUAAUCAGACAAGCACAUUAAGAAAAAAUAUAUCAGAUGAUUUUAUUUUGAAAAGAAUUAUCUUCAUAAAAAUUUUAUUUUUUUUGUAUAAAAAUAGUUAUAUUAUAUUAAUUAAAUUAAAAAUACUAAAAACAUUGUCCAUACUGUCUGACUAUUUAAUAUACGAAGAAGAUAUAGAGAAUUUUUUAAGAAUAAUUAAUUAUUUUAUUGUAAAUUUUUUAAAUAAUAAAAAAAUGUUAAAUACAAAUGCUUUUUCUUAUAACAAUUAUGAUUACCAAAAAAAUAUAUUAUCUGAAACAAAUCAAAUAGAACGUGGAGAUAUUAUUAAUAAUAAUAAUACUAUUUAUUUAAAUACCAAAGAGAAAACAAAAAUAAAGAAAAAUAAUUUUAAUGGGAAUUUUUUUUACAAUACCGAUUCUUCAAGAAGUGGAAGUAUAAUUAUAUCUUCAGAUUCUUCUUUAAAUAAAGAAACAAAUUUUGAUAUUUAUAUAAAUGAUAUAUUUAAUAGUAAAUAUAACAUUAUAAACAGCGAAAAAGAAUGUUCAUAUUAUAAUCAAAAUAUAUUAAAAAAGUACAUACGCAUAUAUUUAUUAGACAUAAUGAAUAAGUUAUUUCAUUACAAAAAUAAUCUUAUUUUAAAUUCUCUUUUUCAUAUAUUUUAUAGUAAUAACUUUAUUCUCUUUUUUGAUUUAUUCCUUAUUUCAAAUAAAGAAAAAGCAAUUGAAAUUUUAAAUGAGCAUUUUUUUUAUUUAACAAAUAAAAAAAGUAAUGAUAGAAGUAAUAAUUUAAUUGAAAAUGAUACUGAUAAUAAUUUUGAUAGAAAAGAGGAAGUUGGUAAAAUAAUCCAUUACAGUAACAUUAAUAACAAUUUUGAUAAUUUUUAUUUAAUAAAAAAAAGAAAGUUUUUUCAAUUUUUUCAAUUUGAUCAAAUUAGUUACAGAAAUGUAAAACUUCUUUUUUAUUUUUCUUUUUUUAAUUUUGUUAAAGAUAGAAACAUCAUGAAUGGAUUCAGAAAAAAAGUUAUAAUUUUUUUGAACAUCCUAAAUAACAUUUUUUAUUUUAAGAGAAAAAAAAAAAUACAGUGUUUUUUAAAAAGAAAGAAGAAAAGGAAUAAAAUAAUUUAUAAUAAUAAAAAAAAAGAAAAUGACGUUCAAAUGGAUAAAAAUGAACUUUCAUUACGGUAUUCUCAUUUUUCAGAACUUAUUUCUUAUAAUAAUAAUAAUUUAUUAGAUGAAAAAAAUAAUAUAUUAUUUUUUAAUAAAUUAAGUAAUAAUUCUAAUUGUUCCGUUUCUUCUUCCGACUCUUCUACUUCAUCACAAACAACAUCGUCUCUGUCACAGUCACCUUCAUCUAAUUCUUAUGUUGAAUCAGUAGCUUCAUCAUAUAGUGAUUCCAUUUCAUCUAUAUCAAAUAAGUCAAUAAAAAAUAAACUAAAAGAAAUAUACCAAAAUUUAAGUAACGAAGAAAAAAAUUCAUAUCAAAAAGUUAAAGUAAAAAAUUUGAGAAGAGAUGAAAACUCUUAUUUUUAUUUAUAUAAAAUUGGGUUAUACUGUAUUACUUCAGGUUUUUAUAAAUAUGCUCAUAAAAUAUUUGAAAAAUUGUACUUGUUAAUAACAAAUAGAGAUAUAAAAUUGUGGUGCAGAUGUUUAGUAAAUUACUGUAAUUUUUAUUAUGUAAAAAAACAAAAAAACAAUAAUAAAAAAUAUUAUAAUCCUAUAAGUCUUUUAAAUAUAUCUGAACAAUGUGUAAAACAAAUGUUAAAUUAUAAAGAUAAUUUUUUUCAUAUGAUUAUAUUUUUAGAAAUAAAAAUUAACUUAUAUAAAACAAUUGAAAAUUUGAUUAUUCUUAUAAGUGAUAUAAAAGAUGAAAUAAAUUUUACUAUUAAAUAUUUUUCAUAUAAUAUUGAAAAAUUUAUUUCUUCAUUAAAAAAUAUAAUGAUAGCUAUAUUAAUAUUUUUAAAUUUUAAAUAUAUAUUUUCUACUUUAUCAAAAAAAAUAUUAAUCAUUUAUAUUAUUUUAAUUAAAUCAUUGUUUAUUUUAUGUAACUUUUUGAAAAAAAAAAUUAUUCCUUAUUUAUUUUUAAAUUCUUCUUUUUUAGUAAACAUUUUUAUUGAUGAAUAUUCAGAAGAAAAGGAAAGUGAAUAUGAAUGUAUUAGUGAAAAUGAGUUAUCAGGUAACUUAGAUUAUGGAAUUUCUAAUUUUAUAAGAUUUUAUCUUCAAAAAAAAAAAGAAAAAAAAUUAAGAAAGAGUGUUUUUUCAAAGGAAGUGAAAAAUACAGAAGGAAAAUUAUUUAAUGAAAUUUUUGAUUAUAUAAUAGCAAUGUUGAAAAUAAAAACAGAGGAUUUUUUUUUUUAUGAAUAUAUUCAAAGUUUAAAUGAUAUUUAUCGAAAUUUAUUUAAAGACAAUAUUAUAAAUAAAAAAAAAAUUAUAAAUUUUAUAUAUAUAUAUUUAUUAGUUAUAUAUAAAAUUAAUUAUCCAACUCCUCCUCGUGUUUUAUCAUCAGUACCAUUUCCCUUUAUAUCGAGCUCUACUUAUAUAUAUAAAUCAAAAAGAGGAAAAGGAUUUUAUGAGGUAGAAUCAGUAAAAUGUAUAGGUCAGUUAAAAAAUGCAAAGAAAAAAGUAAUAAAGGAUUUUUAUUAUUGUAAUAUAAAAUUAAUUCUAAAAAAUAAAAUUGUAAGAGAUAUAAAUAUAAGAAGCCAAGGUAUUCAUAUUUCAUAUACUUUUCAUAUGAAAAUAGAAGAUGAUGAUUUAAAAUAUUUUAAUAUUUUUUUAAUACCACUUGAUAAAUAUAAAAAAUUACUUGGACAAGCAAAACCAACUGCUUUUUUUUUUAAAUAUAUUUAA